AUGGAUAAGUUAAAGAAAGUACUUAAAGGGGAAGAGGAAGACGAAGGAGACCAAAGUUUAUAUACACAGUUUUCAGAAGCAACAACACUAAGUUGGUCUACAAGACUGAAAGGAUUUGUCAUUUGUUUUGUUCUUGGGAUGGUUUUAUCGUUCAUAGGAGUUUUUGUUUUGUUUUUAGGUUCUACUGGUUUGGUUUUAUUUUCUAUCUUCUAUACAUUAGGCAACAUAGUGGCCAUGUUGAGUACAUGCUUUUUGAUGGGUCCUCUUCGCCAACUUAAGAAUAUGUUUAGUGAAAAAAGAAUUAUUGCAACAAUUGUUGUGAUUAUAACUUUUGUUCUUACGCUGUGUGCGGGACUUUGGUGGGGUAUUCCAGUCCUAGCAUUGGUAUUUUGUAUUCUGCAGUUCUUAGCCUUGACUUGGUAUGCAUUAUCAUACAUCCCAUUUGCUAGAGAUGCAGUCAAGAAGUGCUUUGGUUCCUGUAUGGCAUAAGAAAUGGACAGUGUGUAAAGAAAUAAAUCAUAUCAUAUCAUAUUAUAUAGUUGUACCACUUUAGUUCAAGUAUCUCUGUGAAUAUUCUUAUGGCAACAAAGAAUAACUGAGACUUUCUUAUCUUGUUAUUGAGAAAAUUCAGUGAGUUUAAGCAAAAUAAUUGCUUUUGAACUAUUUGACCAUGAAGUUUACUUUUGUGCAACUAAAACAGAAUUUUAAUUCAUCUCUUUUGGCAAUAUACAUGUUAUGUUGACAAAAAAUAACUUUACGAACACAGUUUUUGUCCCCUUCAAGCAAGGGUGAUACCUGGAUGGUUGGUGGAUGGUUUACAUGUAUAUGUAUUACUCAGAUUUGGUUGAAUGCUUGUUACAAAUACAAGUCUCAAUAUAUUACA